AUAUAAGUGCACCCUGGUUUGAGAACGGAACAUUUUCGAUCUGGGCGUCCUGUGAGAAGGAAUACCUUUUUUUCUGACAUCCCACGCCGCUGACCGGUCUUCACAGUCCUUCGAGCGCUGUCGCUCCGCAGACGCGAACCCACCGUCAUGGGAUCUGUGUUACCCGCAGAAGCGCUGAUGAUGAAAUCGAGAUUCAAGUCUCAAAGUCACUCCUUGUGUGAAAUCAUCACAUCAGAUAUUCUGCACAGUUUUCUGUAUGGAAGAUGGAGAAACGCGCUCGGCGACCAUUCGUCGGAAGACAAGCACAUCCACAGCAGUGUCAGUCCGAAAACCGCGUUUACCGCUGAGGUCCUGGCUCAGUCUUUCGCUGGAGAGGUCCAGAAGUUGUCUAGUUUGGUCUUGCCCAGUGAGGUCAUCAUCGCGCAGAGCUCCAUUCCCGGGGAGGGACUGGGGAUUUUUUCCAAAACGUGGAUUAAAGCCAGUACCGAGAUGGGCCCGUUCACCGGCCGGGUGAUCUCACCCGAGAACGUAGACCUGCUGAAGAACAACAACCUUAUGUGGGAGGUGUUCAACGAGGACGGCACCGUGCGCUGCUUUAUUGACGCGAGUCAGGAAGACCACCGUAGCUGGAUGACCUACAUCAAAUGCGCGCGCAACGAGCAGGAGCAGAACCUGGAAGUGGUGCAGAUCGGUGGCAGCAUCUUCUACAAGGCCAUGGAGACCAUUCCUCCUGAACAUGAGUUGCUUGUUUGGUAUGGGAAUUCCCACAACACUUUCCUGGGUAUUCCUGGUGUUCCAGGCAUUGAGGAUGAGCAUCAGAAAAAGAACAGGAAUGAUGACGCCCAUUCAUGUGACAGCAGCGGUUCAACGUCACUUUCCUCGUCUUCUUCCUGCGCGGGCAGCCGCAUGCGCUGCGUCAUCUGCCACCGCGGUUUCAACUCGCGCAGCAACCUGCGCUCGCACAUGCGCAUCCACACGCUGGACAAGCCGUUCGUCUGCCGCUUCUGUAACCGCCGCUUCAGUCAGUCGUCCACGCUUCGCAACCACGUGCGCCUGCACACCGGCGAACGUCCCUACAAGUGCCACGUGUGCCAGAGCGCAUACUCGCAGCUGGCGGGACUGCGCGCGCACCAAAAGAGCGCCAGGCACCGGCCGGCGGGCGCCGUCCUCGAGGCUGGACAGCCCUCGCCACCCCCUCCGCAGAUGUCCGCGAUGGCCUCCAUGUCCCAGCCGGUGCCGCUGGUCCAUCACAUAGCCACCAUGGUGCUCUGAACAGUGCACGUGGUGCAAGAGACAGUGGGCUGGACGCACGAACAACGUUGCACUUUAAUUCUUCACCAAAUGUGACGCGUUAUGAGUCAAUACAUUCAAUAACUGAGAGGUGACCGGAGAGCCACCCGACAGUAUGUUCUACUAACGACCAGUAUCCGACAUGUAUCAAGUUAUAAUAAAAUGAAUGAAUGUUCAUUUCCAUUAGACUUUUUCGUUGUUACUAGGACGUGAGUCGCAGAAAAUGAGACGACCACAGUGAAGGGUCUCGGCUGUUUUCUAGAAACAAGGAGUAAAAACAGUCAAUGACCUUCCAAUCACUGUGGACUGAACACGAAGCACUGCAUACUCCAAAAAUGUCACUAGAUGCCUUAAAAUGGAGCCUAGGAAUUAUUACGAUAGUAUACACGUUCACGCAUUUGUCUGUCAUUUCUAGCCUUAUAAUGAUUACUGUCCACUGUGAACAGGUUUUCUUUAGAAAAUAUAAAUUAUAAUGACAAAAAUAAUUAGCGGUUAACAAAAUUAAACUUACGUUCAUACUUGGAUGUGGUAGGUUUGAAAGAAAUAUUAAGAUAAUAAAAUCAGUGUCGAUCAUGUGAAUUGAUGAGAAUACGUCCUAUUCACGAUGUACUAAAAGACUGACAGUUUAUUACCUGACCGAAGCCUCAUUAUGCCACAUAACAUGAAAUAAUAACAUCACUUUAUCUCUGUGUCUGCUGUAAAUAUAUG